UGUGGAAAGUCUGGCCAUCUGGAAAAGGUGUGCAAGUCUUCCUGAAAGUCUGAAAAGAAAAUUCAGCAUAUCACGGAAGGCGACGCAGAUACAGCUGACACGGACGAUCACAUAAGUAUUUGUCACAUCUGGAGUCGUAAGAAGGGAAUUUAUGCAGUGUUGGAAAUUGAAGGAAUUUCCGUGUCGCUCCUGAUUGACACUAGUUCAUCAGUUUCAAUCCUAGCCGAAGAACUUUACCGACGCAAUUUCGAUACUGUAUUUCCUCUGACAUCAACAUCCGUUCAGCUCCUCGAUUGUUCCAAGUCAGCAAUUCCUAUAAAAGGAUGUUUCAUUGCUCCAGUUUCAUUUCAUGGCCGAUGCACUUCUGUCCUUCUAUACGUUGUGUCGGGAGGAACAAGAAUUAUUGGGUUAGAUGGCAUCGCGGCUCUGGAUAUGAAGAUUCAAGGGUCACCUCUCAGGUGUCUGCUAAUCACGCAAGAAACUCCUGUGCUCCCUCCUGAAUUACGUUCCGAGUUCUAGCACUUGUUUGAAAAGCAGCUAGGAACUGUCAAAGGUUUCACUCACAAGGUCCGAGUUCGCGCAUCUGUUCAACCAGUGGCCAGCAAACUGAGACGACUACCACUCGUCAUUCGUGAGCACGUCUCGGCAGAAGUACAAAAAAUAGAAGCCCAGGACAUCAUUGAGCCCGUCGAUUCUUCGGAGUGGGUCUCGCCAAUUGUCGUAGCCAGAAAAAAGGAUGGCUCGAUUCGCAUGUGCGUAGACCUACGAGAGCCAAACAAAGCUAUAGUAGUGGACAUUUUUCCCCUGCCACAAACUGAGGAACUUUUGAACAGCUUGGCUGGUGCACAGCGAGUCUCCAAGCUAGAUUUAGCUUCUGCAUACCAUCAGUUACCACUAAGUCCAGAGAGUCGUGAUCUUACGACGUUUAUAAUCCACGACGGACUAUUUCGCUUCAAGAGGGUGUGCUUUGGAUUGGCAUCGGCACCAUCAGCGUUUCAGAUGAUGUUGCAUAUGAUCCUCCAAGGAUGCAAUAGUGUCUUGUUUUACAUUGACGACAUAAUCGUGUACGGACGCUCCAGAGAGGAUCACUUGGUCAAUUUGCGCACUGUUUUGAAACAGCUCUCUGACGCUGGCCUCAGGCUCAACUAUAAAUGUGUUUUCGACGUCACAGAGUUGACUUUCCUAGGCCAUUUUGUCAGCGCCAAAGGGUUAUUUCCACUGAUGUCAUCUAUCGAGGCGAUAACCAAGGCACCAUCACCUACAAAUACUAAUGAACUUCGCUCGCUGCUGGGACCCGCAGGCUUCUACUCGAACUUCAUCCCGCAUUUUUCUGAGGUGGAGCCAAUGCGUGCUUUGCUUCGCGGAAACGCGCCUUUCGCUUGGACUGCGGCAGCCAAAACCGGCUUGGAGCAGCUGAAAACGUUGAUAACAUCUUGCGAAGUUCUUCACCUUUUUGAUCCUCAAUUACCCGUGUACGUUACAACUGAUGCCUCCGGAUAUGGGAUGAGAUGCUGUAGUGCAGCAGGAUAACGGAACAUCACUGCAGACUGUCGCGUUCGCCUCACGCACUCUUCAACCGCAUGAACGGAAGUACUCCGUCGGUGAACGUGAGGCCCUUGCGUGCGUCUGGGCCUGCGAGCACUGGCACCACGUUUACCUGCGGGGCCGACCUUUCCUCUUGCGGACAGACCACGCUGCUUUGGUGACGCUCCUCUCAACGAAAGGCACAGGUCACCGUCCGUUAAGGAUUGCGCGCUGGUCAUCCCGGUUGCUGUGCUACAACUACAACAUGGAAUACAGGAAGGGUAGCGAAAACGUUGUGGCUGACGCACUCUCCCGGCUGCCCGUACAGAGUUUCAUCCAUGAUGCACCCGAAGAAGAACUUAUAUGUCUCUUGUCCCCAGUAGUUACCAUGCAAGAGCUUCGAGAAGCAAGUGCCGUCGAUCAGGCUAUCUCUCAAGUUAAGCACUUUAACACUACUUCUUGGCCUGACAAGAAAUCCUUGUCAAAAGAGCUGCUACCUUACUUUCACGUGCGAUCUGAACUCUCUGUUGUUAGCGACAUUCUUUGCCGGGGUGACAGGACUGUUGUGCGUUCAGCUUUGACCCGCCGUCUUAUGGAUCUGGCUCAUGAGUUACACCCAGGAAUUGAGCACUUGCAGAAGUACGACUGCGCAUGCGCCAAAACCGGCGCGUCAUGAGCGCCAUCUUCUUGGUUGGAAAACAAACGGCGCAGCUCGGGCAGCCCUCGGUAGCGUCGUGGUGGGAGAAGUCAGUGUUACGUGCCCCACGAGGCUGCGAGCGCGACAUGCCGGCUAACUGCGUCGCUUUCGGCUGCAGGAGCUACUACUAUGGAAAGGUAAACACUAAUUUCUUUAGAUUUCCAUCCGCGAAAGUUAGUGCAGAUAGGAGAAGUUUGUGGACGGCAGCGGUAAAGCGGUUGAAGCCGGACGGCAUGCCGUGGCAGCCAACGGCGCAUUCGAGGAUCUGCGGCGCGCAUUUCAUCACAGGCCGGCCGUCGAAAUCCGCUACUCACCCCGACUACGUGCCUAGCCUGUUCACAUACAGGAGAGCUGGCAGCGACGCCGAUGUUCGGCGGCACGACCGUGCCGCGCAAAGGCGGGAGCGCAAACGGGCUGCUGCUAUAGCUUCUGAAAGCAGCGAAGUGGACCCUGGGACUGUACCAGGGAACGCCCAGCCUCUUGCAGUCAUUCAAGAAGCCGAGGUGCCCAUUCAACCCUCUGGUAGUGCAGCUGGGCCCACGGAGAACACGCCUGAACUAAAUCCGCCAGGAAGUGGUGAAGGUGACAUACAAAUGGAUCUCCCUGGAGAAGACACAGCUCCUGUGACAUUACAAGCAUCAGUGAUUAUUAAGUGACUGCAGUAAUUUAAUCAUAAGGCUAUGCCUUCACUAUCAUCGUGCCUUUCUUUGAAGUAAAACUUCGCAGCUGUGAAGUUUUACUCAUUUUCACGUUCAGUGCAUUGAUUUGAUCAACUUACUAGGUGCUUCACAUCC